AUGUCAUCAGGCAACCACGUUGUCUACAUCGGGAAAUUGGUCCUGUGGCUGCUGUCUCCAGGAAACUCGUGCCACGCCCGUGGACGCCGCACACCAGGGCCACUCCCCUUCCCCACGACGGACCAGGGAUACCGAUACGCACACACACAAGGUGCAGCCCUCUCUCCGACCAUUGUCCACGCCUUUCCGCUAAACUGCAAAGAAGGGCCCUUUCUCUUUCCCUUCUCACCUGCCACCGGGCACCUCUCUUCCUCGCUAGGUACCAACCUUGUUCCGGCUUUUGCUCCCCUCGCCAUCCAAGCCUUUCCGUCCCGGCUUGAUCGCAGCUUCAUCUAUAUAACUCUUGCUUCCCCGGAGACCCGCCCUCCCGACCUGGACCCCUUCUCAUUACAUGGUAUGCAGCCGCUCGUUUCUGCAAUGGCCAACUUCAGGAAGACCUUCUUCGCCGCCAUCGUCAAGAGCUUGCUUCGUGGCAAGUCUCUGAUCCAGGCCAUCAUCGCCUAUUGGAUGCACCCCUCGGACUCCAAUCAUGAUGUUGCGCCACAAAAGAGUCUCCAGGACUUUCUCAAGGACGCUGAAGCCUCUCUACUCGGCCCCGUUAGUGGCGAUGGCCUUGUCAAACUUUCUGGUGACCUACGCAAACAAUUCUUCGACAACUUCCAAGCCGACGGCGAGUCCAUGCUGCCCUCUUACAGCCACCAACUACCAACUGGUCAAGAGCAUGGCCAAUAUCUUGCCCUCGAUGUCGGUGGCUCGACCCUCCGUGUUGCCCUGGUAAAGCUCUCAGGCCGCAGCGCUUCCGGUGCCGGCAGUGACUGUGAUAUUGUCAGCAUGCAGGUCUUUCGAAUUACCCGAGAUAUCAAGAACCUUGAGGGAAUGGCCUUUUUCAACUGGAUGGCCGCUAGGAUAAAGGAAACUUUGUCGUCUAGCUUGAAGCAGGACAAAGUCACGGAUAAGCCCAUCCCUGUGGCUCUGGCCUGGAGUUUUCCCAUUGAACAAACGUCGCUCGGUGGUGGCAAGUUUGGCAGAAUGGGCAAAGGGUUCCUCGCCGACGUUGGUCUUUUGGGACAGGAUUUGGGCGACAUCAUCAAAAAGGCGAGUGAGAACGAGGGACUCAACGUUGAACUCCAGGUCAUUGUCAAUGACUCGAGCGCAUGCCUGCUCUCGCGCGCCUACUCUCACCCUUCAACUCGAUUCGGUCUCAUUCUCGGUACUGGCGUCAAUAUUGCCGCCUACAUGCCCGUUUCCACACUCGGCCGUGCCAAGUUUGGCGUCCGGCCGGCCGGCUGGUUUGACGAGGCCAGCCACGUCAUUGUCAACACUGAGCUGGGCAUGUUUGGCACGGAUAUCCUUCCUUUGACUCGGUGGGACGAGCUUCUUCUCAAGGAUCACGCCAGGCCCGAGUUUCAGCCUCUCGAGUACCUGGUCAGCGGCAUGUAUCUUGGCGAGAUUGUCCGCAUCGCCAUUGUUGAGGCGGUUGCGUCGGCCGGUCUUCUUGGAGGCGUACUUCCCGAGUCACUUACCACGAAUUACACCCUCGGAACCGAUACCAUUUCCAUGAUUGGAAGUGAUUCGACAUCAGAGCUCACUGAAGCCAUUAAGCUCUUUUCCGAACGUCACCCCUCCACGCACAUCCCCACCACAGCUGACAUGGCUGCCAUUAAGGCGCUCGCUACUUUCGUCUCUGUUCGCUCCAGCGCUCUUGUUGCCACCUGCCUUUACACGCUCUGGGACGCUCGUCUCGAGGGCGAGAGAGACCUGGUCAAGACGCUCCCGGCAGACUCUCCUCUGCGCAAGCGGGUCGAAGAGGACAUUGAGCUGGAGAAGACGACGGUCUCGUUCAACGGGAGUGUCAUUGAAAACUUUCCCGGCUAUCUCGAGAGCUGCCAGCGGUACAUUACCGAACUGCUGCAGAGCAAGGGAUACGCCAAGACUCGAAGCAUCGAGCUCGUCAUCGCCAAGGAGAGCUCGCUGAUUGGAGCCGCCGUUGCUCUAGCAUGCAUCAACCCAGAGGCAUAA